GUUAUACAUACUGCUUUGCCAUUUUUAUCAUGGCGAUUUCUUUUUGACAUUUGACUACAACUGGGCGCACGUGUUUUUUUUCGGGCUGAAAUCUGUGCUAAAUUAAAUAGUAAUAUCAAAAUGAAUCCCGAGAAGCUGAAGAAGUUGCAGGCGCAGGUGCGCAUUGGCGGCAAGGGCACCCCACGUCGCAAGAAGAAGAUUGUCCACUCCACCCCCGCAACCGAUGACAAGAAGUUGCAGUCGUCGCUGAAGAAACUGUCGGUGAACACCAUACCCGGCAUCGAGGAGGUGAACAUCAUCAAGAACGACGGCACCGUCAUCCACUUCAACAAUCCCAAGGCGCAGGCAUCGCUGCCAACGAACACGUUCGCCAUCACCGGCCAUGGCGAGAACAAGACGAUCUCCGAGAUGCUGCCCGGGAUUUUGACGCAAUUGGGCCCCCAGGACAUUAACCAGCUGAAGAAGAUCGCAUCCGAAAUUGCCAACAAGAGCAGCGCUGCUGGUGGCGCUGCAGCUGCUGGUGUUGGUGGCGCAGCUGCUGCUGCUGCUGCGGAUGCUGGUGACGAUGAUGUCCCCGAUCUGGUGGAGAAUUUUGAGGAGGUCGCCAUUGCCGGUGCCAGUGCUGAGCAGGCCAAGAAAUCUGGUGAAGUUGCGGCAUCUGCCUAAACCCACAACUACAACCAAAACACACACAUACAUUUUAACAGCACACACAUACACACAAACAAAACGAACGAAUAGGAGUAGGGAGAAGGAAGUGGACGAAAACAUACAAGUACUUCUUCUUUCAAGUUGGGGGUCAUGUCACACACACACUAAUAACAAAAAAAUACAAAAAAUAAAGGCAUCCAAGUGAGCUCUAAGAAACAACACAGAAAACAAACAUAAAAGAUAUAAUAACUAUAUUAAUAUAUUAAGGGUAUUUUCAAAACUUAAAACGACAAAAAUACUAGUUUAUAGCUGGAAGCGCGCUUAAGCGAUAUUAUGUACAACAACAAAUAUAUAUAUAUAUAUUAUGUAUUUUCAAGCGAUAAAGCACGUUUCCACUACAUUCACAGACACACACACACGUUCAGCGCAUUCUCUUGUUUUUUGCCUCCCACAAAAGAAAACAAGCAAACAUUUACAUACACAUAUAUAUACAUAGUUUUACAGUUUUUACGUUUCCAAUAUUGUAUAUGAUGAGUGCAUGCACACAUACACACACUUAUAUAUGUAUAUUCAAAGUGAUGCGACAAAGACAAACACUCCAGAAUAAGUCAUUGCCAGUUGUGUGCGCGGGAGCAGCAGCAACCAUUUGUGAUGAGAGAGCGUGUUGAAUAUAUAUUUUUAGCAUAAGCAUUACUCUUUCCUCCUACUCCUCCUCCUCCCUCAGCCCACAUAUGGAAUACAUAGGAACACAAUAUGUAAGAAGAAAGCAGAAGCCUUGCUAAGAGUUUUAUUUGGUAACCGUUUCACAAACCCGCCGCCAACUAAAAACCGAUUCAUUUCUCACCCGAUCUGGAAAAUAACAUUUGAUUUGUAACAUUGGGAAACAAACCGUUGGAAACAAGACUCUUUGGAUGGAAAUUACAAUGGAUGCAAAUCGAAAUUGUACCAAAAUUGUUAAAAACAUUUUUAUAAUUUGUAAACUAUUUUUUUAGACUAUCAUACACAUUAAAAAGAACUGUAAAAAAUA